AUGGCUUUGGAGACGUGUGGAAGCUGCUUGAGCUGUCUGCUGAUCCCGCUUGCACUUUGGAGUAUUGUUGUCAACAUCCUAUUAUACUUCCCUAACGGGAGAGCUCCACAUGCUGCCAGCUAUCAGCUUCCCAACUACGUGUGGUAUUUCGAAGGGAUCUGUUUCUCAGGUGUGAUGAUCCUUCUGUUGGCUGUAAUUCUAAUAGCACUGGAGUGUAGCGUGUUCCAUCGGUGCUGCCAGAGUGAGAGCUGUAACAAAACCUACAGGAGUUUUAUUUCAAUUGUACUAGCCCUGCUUGGAGUCGCUUUCUCUGGAUACAGUUGCAUCAUUUUUACUUUGGGGUUGAUCCAAGGCCCCUUCUGCAAUUCCUCAGGUGGAUGGGAUUAUAUCUUCAAAGACACUGCUGGAGGGUACCUCACAGAUUACUCUACUUGGUCUCGGUGCACCGAACCUGCCAACGUGGUGGAAUGGAACAUCAUUUUACUCUCUGUUCUGAUAGCUCUUAGUGGACUGCAGUUGAUCAUCUGUUUUCUCAAAGUGGCUGCUGAGUUGAAACGGACACUCUGUGGGACCUAUUCUGUUUUUGUCCAGAAUGUAGGAAUAUUUGAUGUUCAAAAGGGUCUGGAUUCAAAGCCCAGGAUGUCAGGCUGGGUUGUUUCCUUGAGAAUUAGUGCACUGGAUGAAGCCAUGAUUUCUAAAUGA